CCUCCCACACUCUCAUUCUCCGUUCAUCGGCUGUCCUCAGCAUCCCCUCUGUGAUGAUGGCGUGUGUGGAUGCUGCUGAUGCGGCGGUGCCCGGGGCCUAACCCACCGGUUACCGGGAAACCCGAGAGACGAGGACGUGAGGGGCUGGGCAGUAUGAGCCUUUCCUUUAACGACCGGUUACCGGAUCACUGCUGUAUCUCAUGUCAGUUUGUUUGCUCGCGUGAAACCGAGGAAUGAAGUGCUGCAACCAUGAUGCAAGGACUGAAAAAGCGUACCCGAAAGGCCUUCGGGAUACGGAAGAAAGAAAAGGACAGUGACUCCACUGGAUCACCAGACAAAGACAAAUCUAAAAAAGCCAAUGGUGCUCCUAAUGGCUUCUACGGUGAGAUCGACUGGGAUCGAUAUAACUCUCCUGAUGUGGAUGAUGAGGGUUACAGCGUUAAACCCGGAGAACAAGGGGGAACAGCUGCGAAAGUCAAGACAUUCUUCUCCUCCAGUGAGUCAGAGGGAGAGGAGGAGCAUGGGAAGAAAUUUAAGAUCAAGAUCAAACCGUUGACAGCAAACAGUGGGAACUGCACAGUGUCUACCAUGGAUGAGCUGAAGGCUUCAGUGGGGACGCUGGCGAUCUCUCCUUCUCCUCUGAGAAAGAGUCCGAGGCGAAGUCCAUGCCAGAUGAAACGAAACCUGUCAAGUGAGGAGAUUGCAAGACCACGACGGUCUACUCCGACACCCACGACAACUCCAGGACCCGGUUCAGAUCCACCUAGGGAAAACACAACGUUUUUCGGCCCACCGUUUGAGACCAAUUUCGAAGCACACAACUCAGAAGUGUUCCCGGUUGAGCCGGAGCUCUGGUGUCAGUCCACUUCUCUCUCCACCUGUGUUCUGAGCAGAUCUCUGCCCACUGGAGCUCCGCCGCCACUUCCUCCAAAGAACAUUCCUGUCACCCCACCUGGACGCAGUUCUAGCUCUGUAGGGUCCUCCGGUUAUUAUAGUGUGGUCCCGAGUGUCCGAGAUGGAUCUGCUUCAGCCUGUCAGGAUGCCCAGUUGUCUGACCCAUCCGGAGGUGCGUCUAUGCCUGACUUAGACAGUGUUUUUGGUCCUGUUGAGACGCCUAAAUCUGGAUCAGAUGUGGUGCAGUGCAGCUGGGUGAGCUUCAGCGAAGGCUCUCCCGCCAGACCUCCUCCCCCAGACGAACCCGCCCCUUCCCCACCUCUGUCCUCUUCCCCCGCGGACUCACCCCCGACCUCGCCCCUCAACCUGCCGCCUCCCAUCUCGCCCCCUCCCCCACUCCACUCCAUCCCGCCUCCAGAUUCACCUCCACCACCGCCGCCCUCAGACUCUCCGCUGAGUCCCCCAGACCUUCCCUGCUGCUUUAUGCUCCCAGAGUCAGAGCUCGCCCAAUAUUCCACCGUCACCCCUGCCAGCCCUGGACUGCCCUUCCUGCCAGCAGACCACCCUCCACAUGGAGCCAUACCUUCCCCUCUUACCUUGAGAGAUGACAACAGGAGAACCCCUGACUUGGCGAGCAUGAGGGACGAGAUUUCUGUGUUUGGCACAUCACCCAAAGACCUCGCAGCAGGAAGCUUCAGAGGAACACCACCUCCACUGCCACCUCCUACGUACAGGAGUGUGGUGGGCUCACCAGGGCCUGGCAGCGGGCCGUCCUCUCCAGCACGUGCCAGCACUCCCUUGUCUGCUGGCAGUCCCAUCCCACCUCUACCACCAAGACCAUCAUCACGACCUAAACUACCACCUGGAAAACCAAACCUAGCAGAUCUGGCACGUCCCUUCAGCCCUCCCAUCCAUUCGUGGAGUCCUCCACCCUUUGCUCCUCUAGCCAGAGCUGAGAGCACCUCCUCCAUUUCCUCCGUCACCUCUCUGAGCGCAGCCUCCACACCUACACUAGGCCGAGAGCUUAACCUCUCUGUGUCAGGUGGGCACUUAUUGCUAAUUCUGAUGCAUGAGGAUGAUGAUAUGCUGCAUAAUCCUUCAGUAAGCUGUGUGAGUUUUUUGUGCUAUUACAUCUGCUUCUGUAUUUCAGUGUGUUCCAGAGGUCCGAGUCCUCUCACAAUGGGACCCCAGGACACUCUACCAGUAGCAGCCGCCUUCACAGAGACCAUCAGCGCCUACUUUAAAGGAGCAGAUCCCACUAAGUGUUUGGUAAAGAUCGCUGGUGAGAUGGUUCUGUCUUUCCCAGCAGGGAUCACCAGACACUUCUCCUCCCACCCCAGUCCACCAGUGCUGACCUUCACCAUCAGCCAGUACAGUCGGCUGGAGCAGGUCCUUCCCAACCCACAGCUUCUGUGCUGCGAUACCACACCACCUACAGGUGAUUCAAAGGAGUUCUGGGUCAAUAUGCCAAACUUGUUGAGUCACCUGAAGAAAGUGGCUGAGCAGAGGCCACAGGCCACAUAUUACAACGUGGACAUGCUGAAGUACCAGGUGUCCGUUCAAGGCAUCCAGUCCACUCCGCUGAACCUUGCGGUGAGCUGGCGUGGUGAUGCCAACUGCACAGACCUCAGGAUAGACUAUAAAUACAACACAGAGGCCAUGCCUACACCCACACCACUCACCAACAUCCACUUCAUGGCAGCUGUGGACGGCGGCGUGAACAAACUGCAGGCUAUGCUCCCACCUGCCACCUGGAAUCCAGAGACGCAGAAAAUAGUGUGGAAGAUCCCAGAGCUCUCACAGAGGUCUGAAAAUGGAGGGGUGGGCGCUCUUCUGGCUCGUUUCCAGUUAGCCGAGGGCCCCAGCAGACCUUCUCAGCUGGCGGUGCAGUUCACCAGUGAGGGCAGCACCCUGUCUGGCUGUGAUUUUCAGCUCGUGGGUUCAGGCUACAGACUCUCCCUGGUUAAAAAAAGGUUUUCUGCAGGUAAAUAUCUGGCAGACAACUGACCCGGCUUCAGCGAUGACCUGUGAGUGGGGCGUUAGGAUGCUCUUUUGGCACUACAAAGACUUUCGAAAAUGUUUUUAUUGAAACUCCAGAAAUACAGCACUCAAAAUCUCACUUAUAAUGUCUGGUGUAGAAUAUCAUCAGUGCGUUCUGUGGGUGUGUGUGUAUGUGAAUAUUAGCAAAUAUUUUGUGUGUAUAUGAUAAAAACUUCAGGACAAAUGCAAUACGUGGACUUUAUUUCGCUGGGUUCUUGCAGAAGGCAGAGUUUCCUUUUUUCACUAUUGCACAUUCUCUCUCUCUGCCCCAAACCAAACACACCUAGUGACAUUACAAUCUAAUGAUAGCAGGGUUCACAUAUGGAACACACCUGUCAGUAGUGUUUGGUUUUCUUUUAGUUAUUUUGACAGAUUAUAAACAAUACGAUUGAACAUGAUUUAACAGUCUCUCCCAAAAAAAUGCUACAGAUCACACUUUAACAAUGAGAUUCAGUUCAUUAACAUUAGAUAUGAUAAACUAACAGUAAACAAGAUUGCCUAAAACAGCCUUUUUAAUCUAGAUUAAUGUUCAUUUCCACAUAUCUACUGUUAAAAACUUUGGGGUCGGUAAGAUUUUUUUUUUUUUUAAAGAAAUGAAUACUUUUAUUUAGCAAAGAUCCACUAAAUUAUGACAUUUAUAAUGUUCCAAGAAGUUUCUAUUUCAAAUAAAUGCUUUUGAACUUUCGAUUCCUAUUCAUCAAAGAAUCCAUAACAAAAAGUGUCAUAUUGAGCUGUUUACAGCAUUGAUGAUAAUAAUAAAUGCAAAAUCAGCAUAUUAUAAUGAUUUCUGAAGGAUCAUGUGACACUAAAGCCUGGAGUAAUGAUGCUGAAAAUUCAGCUUUGACCACAGGAAUAAAUUAUAUUUUAAAAUAUAUUAAAAUAGAAAACAGUUGUUUGAAAUUGCAAUAAUAUUUCACUAUUUUCAUUGUAUUUUUUGUUUAAAUAAAUGCACAUUUGAAGAGCAUAAGAGACUUUUUUCAAAAACCUAUAAUCUUACAGACCUCAAAUCUUUUGAGUAAUAAUUAAUUAUGAACAAAUGUGACAACUAUGAUAAUUAAUUUAUGAAUUAACAUUAACGUAGAUUAAUAAUGCUGUAAAAAUGUUCAUUAUUAGUUUAUGAUGCCUAAAACUACACUGUAAAAAAAUAAAAAAACACAAUUUGUUGAGUCAACUUAAAAUAAUUUGCUACCCCGCUGCCUUAAUUUUAAGUUCAGUCAACUCAAAUAGGUUUAGUCAACAACUUAGAUAUUUGAGUUGACUGAACAAAAAAAUUGGUUUGUUGAACUUAAAAGCUGGGCAUGUUACACAGCUGCCUUAAAAUUUUAAGUUGAAUCAACUCAAAUAUCUAAGUUGUGACAUAGUAAAACUUAACAUUUCAAGUUGACUAAACUUUUUUGAGUUGACUGAACUUAAAAUUUUAAGGUAGCCAGGUAAUAAAUUAUUUUAAGUUGACUCAACAAAUUGUUUUUGAGUUGUACAGUGUAAUGUUAGAGAAUGAACCCUUAUUGUAAAGUCCUUCCGUGCUUCAAUUGAAAACAUGUUAGAAAUAAUGAGAGAGAAACACAGAGACAUGCUUCCACAGAAUAUUCUCUUCAAUAUCAUCUUAAAUGCCUCUUGCGUCAGUGUUAAUGUUGAUUUGAUGUUCUCGGUGAAUACAUGUUAGAAUGCAUCACUUCUGUCUAGUUGGCCCGUAGCCCUUUGUUCAAUAAAGUGCUCAAACAUGGAUGUAACUAUGACAUUCAUAAUUCAUGCAAAAAGUGAUGCCUACUCUUGAUUUCUUUUACUUAUUUAGACAUUUUAGGACAACGAAAUUGCAUUUGUGUCAGGGAUGCUGAAUUCCUUAAGUCGAAAUACACUUAAGGAAUUGGUCAAAUACAAACAAUUUUCCUUUUGGUUUUCCACAAUGUGGAUUUUUAUUUUCCCAAAACAUUGUACUGUAGCAAUAUUUAAAGACAAUGUGUAAAAAUGUAAAAUAGAAAUUGUUAUACAUGUAUCCAAAUUGAUAUAGUUUCUAUGUCUUGUCAUAGAACAGAUCUCCUGUCAAGUUAUUGUUAGCAUUCACAGUUCAUGACGGCACUUUAUUUUUAUCUGUUAAUUUGUUUCAAAUUCAUGUCAUUUAUUUAACGCCUAUUCUGUGGUUUGUAAUGGAGUCUGAACACUCACUAUAGACUGUUUUUUAUUGUUCAAAAAGGGAAAGAAACCGCAUUUUAAUUGACUAGUACAGAAGAACAUUUAUCACGUCCUUUCAUUUAUCACUUCCUUGUACUGUAUUGUGUUGAAAGUCUCGAUGCUUUUUGUUUGCUGAGCUGUAUAGACUUUGUCAUAUGUGGAUCAUUGCCUUUACAAUUGUGAGAGUAUCCAUCCAUCCAAGUGUGUAGAAACUUCCAAAUGUCUAGAAAAGCCUCAGAUAUCUCUAGCAUAGAGAUAUGAUUUGGGAAUAUACAUGACAUUGCUAUAUAAUUUUCAAUCUAAUCUGGUUUGUCACAUUAUUUCUGCCAUUCAUUAAGUGUACUUUAUUUUAGUGGUUUGGAGGCCUUACCCUAAACCUAAACGUGGAGGGAUGGAAAGACAGCUGCUGCUUGCGGAUGGUUUAUUCCUGUUAAAACAUGUCUCCAUCUCUCAUUUUCUAUAUAUGAAAAAUGUAUUUAUUACUUUUUACUCCCACAGAUGUUGUGGUAUUGUGUUUGUCAGCUAACUUGCAUCAUGUUCAUACAUCAUUCAGAAAAUGGAAUAUGCAAACAUUUCAUGCAUAGAGUAACCUCUCCCCAGAUUUUAAGAGAAUAUAGAGACUGAAAAUGCUAAAUAUAUCAGAAGUGAAAAUAAUGUAAUGUCUUAAAAAUAAAAUCGAUUCAUGUUUAACAUU